GCGAGGCGCCGACGAGCGGCAUCACUCGAGCCCAGGUCCCGGCCACCGCCACACACAGCGGCCCGCGUACAGGAGGAGGAGCAGCAGCAGCGGCGGCGGCGGCCCCAGCGGCGGGCGGGCGCCGGAAAGGCCCCGGUCGAAAAGCCUGGGAGGGCCGCCCAACUACCCCCGGAGGAGGAGCCAUUCGGAGCCCCAGGCGCCGCCGCAGCAGGAGGAGUGCGGAGCAGCCGUCGCCUACAUGGCCCACUCACCGGUGGCGGUCCAAGUGCCCGGGAUGCAGAAUAAUAUAGCCGAUCCAGAAGAACUGUUCACAAAAUUAGAACGCAUCGGGAAAGGCUCUUUCGGAGAAGUUUUCAAAGGCAUUGAUAACCGUACCCAGCAAGUGGUUGCUAUUAAAAUCAUAGACCUAGAAGAAGCCGAAGAUGAAAUUGAAGACAUUCAGCAAGAAAUCACUGUUUUGAGUCAGUGUGACAGCUCAUAUGUAACGAAAUACUAUGGGUCAUAUUUAAAGGGUUCAAAAUUAUGGAUAAUAAUGGAAUACCUGGGUGGUGGUUCAGCACUGGAUCUUCUGCGAGCUGGUCCAUUUGAUGAGUUCCAGAUUGCUACCAUGCUAAAGGAAAUUUUGAAAGGUCUGGACUAUCUGCAUUCAGAAAAGAAAAUUCACCGGGACAUAAAAGCUGCCAAUGUCUUGCUCUCAGAACAAGGAGAUGUUAAACUUGCUGACUUUGGAGUUGCUGGCCAACUGACAGAUACACAAAUUAAAAGAAACACCUUUGUAGGAACACCAUUUUGGAUGGCUCCUGAAGUUAUUCAACAGUCGGCUUAUGAUUCAAAAGCUGACAUUUGGUCGUUGGGAAUUACUGCUAUUGAGCUAGCCAAGGGAGAGCCACCUAACUCCGAUAUGCAUCCAAUGAGAGUUCUGUUUCUUAUUCCAAAAAACAAUCCUCCAACUCUUGUUGGAGACUUUUCUAAGUCCUUUAAGGAGUUUAUUGAUGCUUGCUUGAACAAAGAUCCAUCAUUUCGUCCUACAGCUAAAGAACUUCUGAAACACAAAUUCAUUGUAAAAAAUUCAAAGAAGACUUCUUAUUUGACCGAACUGAUAGAUCGAUUUAAGAGAUGGAAAGCAGAAGGACACAGUGAUGAUGAAUCAGAUUCUGAGGGCUCGGAUUCGGAAUCCACCAGCAGGGAAAAUAAUACUCAUCCUGAAUGGAGCUUUACCACAGUGCGGAAGAAGCCUGACCCAAAGAAACUACAGAAUGGGGCGGAGCAAGAUUUUGUGCAAACCCUGAGCUGUUUGUCUAUGAUAAUCACACCUGCGUUUGCUGAGCUUAAACAGCAGGAUGAGAACAAUGCUAGCAGGAAUCAGGCUAUUGAAGAACUCGAGAAAAGUAUUGCUGUGGCUGAAGCUGCCUGUCCCGGCAUCACAGAUAAAAUGGUGAAGAAACUAAUUGAAAAAUUUCAAAAGUGUUCAGCAGAUGAAUCCCCCUAAGAAACAGCUUAUUUUUGGCUUAUGUUUCAUACGGGCCCAGAGAAACCCACCAAAGGUACUUCAAGCUUAACAAUGAUUAACUCGUGGGCUCCAUGUGCCUUUUGGAUCUUUGCAACAUAUCGAUGAUUGAAGAUUUGGAAGAACCUCUUCAACUAUUUUGUGAUGGUGUUUAUCAUUUUAUAUUUUGAAGAGAUUAUUUUGUAAGGAGUAACUUUUAAUACUAUAGUUUCAUCUGUAUUCUAGUAAAUGUUGAGAUCCAGUUUUGCUUUUAGGUAUCAUUAUUACUUAAGUUACUAGGAUGAAUACCUUUCAUGUUUUGACCUUUAGUUAACUGUACACUCAUGAAACAUACAGGUCCUUCAAAGUCAUCUGAAAUUCAACUUUUGUAAAUCACCAAGCAUCAAAAAGCUUUUUCUUUUUUUAUGCAAUCAUGUUCUAAAAAUGACUGUUGGUGGGGAGGUGGAGAUAAAUCAUAUCUUCUUAAAACAGCAGGUUUUAAUAAGCCCUCGGAAAUGAAAGCUGGACAAGUAUUGAUUCUUCUACCAAGUUGGUAUGAUGUUCCAGGCAGCUCAGUGUUACCACAUUUGAGAGCCCUGUAUUUGAGGCAUUUGCAGGCAACAUGUAGCAACAGAAGCACCUCUUGGUAUGCAGUAUUUGCCUUCCCUUGUAAAAGAGGCAAUUAACUCUUAUUUAACAUGGCUGGAAAUUUAAAGCAAUACCAUUUAGCCCAGGAUGGGUGUUUGGUAAUACUGGACAGAUUAGUCUGGUUCCAUUUUUAAAAUAUCCCGCUAAAAUCGUGUAUUAUAUGCUUGGAUUUGAGGAGCCUAAAAGAAGUUGAUAUGACUAUAACUUACACCAGCAUAUUUUUAUCAUGGUAGUAAAUUGUUCUACGAACUAUUUAUACAUUUUUGUUCUUCAUACUUAACAAGCAUACGCAUCAGUUGUUCAUUUUUGAAAGGGUAUUUAAAUGAGCAUUUUCUAGUUCAUAUGAAAACCAUAGUAAGUAUGGGGUGAUUUCUGUCUGUUCAAAGGUAAGUUAGACUGUACAGUUAAUUUUCAGUUAUAUUUAUGGUACUGUUAAGUGGGAAUACCUUUUUCUUUUAAACCCAGUAUAUAUAUUAUGCCUAAGUUUUGAGCUGGAGCUAUAUUUCAGUAGUUGUAGAAUUAUUGAUAUUAAUUAGUUUUAAUAGUUAAUAUUUUAAUGUUUGGAUCUGCACAAUUUAGUUUUUGCACAAAAGUCAUGUUUUAUCUGAAUCAUUGCCAAAUGUUAGAAUGAAGAUGUUCUUCAAGUCAAGAAUACAGUUUUUCAUCCAAGUGGCCAUUACACCCUCUUUCUUUAAAAGAAUACAAACACUUGCAAAAGAUAUUAUGAGGUCAUAUGCCAAUCAAAUGAUUUUCAUUGGUGCCUAUACUGUAACAAUCAUUUUUAAUGCAUUGUAUUUUGAAGUCAUGGUUCAGUUCAAAUUUUCACCUGCUAUAUAACUGAAACUCAGUGGCAAUUUAUAAUCUGUGAUAGCCUGGAAAUAAUUUUGCAACUCAUAUCGUGGAUUAAAUGAAUAUUUUUGUAAAAGUAAAAGCAACAAAUUUAUAAAUCAAUUCUUUGAAACUUUAGGAUACAAGUGCAUCACAGAGACAAAUUGUAUGGCUUAUUGCCCAUUGUAGUUAUUAGUCCUGUAAACUGUUUGUAGGUGAAGCAUAUUCCAGCAUUUUGGGGGUUUUAAAAAUAAAUAUUUAAAUUUCAUGGUU